UCGGGCGUUUCCGAAGAACAAGCUUCACGAGCUGCGCGUCUCACUGCAGCUGCGUUGGCUCGCUCGGCCCGGCGGGGCCUCACCAUAUGUUCAGGUUCUAUUUCCAUAAGCGAACUACGCGUUCACUCUCGCUGGUCUAUCGCCUCGGCUAUGAACCGGCGAGUCCUCUGCACAGAGGCCACCGCUGCAGUUGCUGUUCGGCAUGAUCUGUCUGGGCUGUGCCUCCCCGGCGCUGAUCGGCUACGCCCGGUUCUUCCUGUUCGUGGCAGCGCUCUGCUACAUCGUCACGGUCCUGCUGUGCAUCAUCUACGUACUGGGCGUCAACACGGCCCUGUCGGCGCUGCCCUGGCUGUUGGGCGAGCUGGCAUACACGGUGACGGCUGUCGUCCUCUACAUCAUCGCAUCGGUAACGCAGCUGGUGUCGCAGUCAAGCUACUACGAAACUUGGCCUACGAUGUUCAGUGCUCUCAACGGGCAAUACAUCGCUGCUGGCGUGUUCGGGCUGCUGCAGGCGAUCGUGUACGGAGCCGGAGCAUUCCUUCUGUUCCAGGACUGGAAGGCGACUAGGCCGCCCCCGCCACCGCCGCAACCGCCGCGCCCUACCAACUGAGAACGGCCAGCGACACGCCGAGAAGUGGACGCCUCUUGCCUCGGGACGCUUCCCCCCAGUUUUUUUAUUAUUAUUUUUUGCUCGCCCAGAGCCGAGAUGAGGGGGGCCACGGCUACCCACGCACUAACAGAGAAGACGCAGCACUCACGGACCGCACACAACACUGCUUGCGGUUCUAAUUACGAGCGCACCGUCUGUCUGUAUAGCCCGCCGUCUUCUACUCGAGUUGAAGGACCAAGCGAGAGAGAGAAGAAUAUUACUCUGCGCGUGUUUUUUUUUUUUUUUUUUUAGUUCGCAACUAUAUUUCUUGUAGUCAUCUCGUUAAUUGCGACCAGUCAAGUUUUCACUCACGUGAAGUACGUGGCGGUUACAUUUACUUUUAGCCGGCACGUAUACAUCCCAUCCCUUUGUAUCCUCAAGACUGUAUAACGAACUCGCUGACACAUUGGCGUGCCGUCAUGAGAUUCUCAAACAGAUUAUUAAAAACUGAGUGCUGCCUGAGUACUUGUGAAAGUUGCAUUUCGCGCUAACAAUGGUGGGAGCGGGUUCCGACGCGUUCGGGGGCAUUAUGGUUAUACCUCCGCGCAAUGGAUCAAGGGAAGCGUCUUUCGUCCAUUGCGUGUGCGUAAUUCUGGCACUGCAAGGCGCCACAGUCGCUGGUAACCAAGCGAAGACACAGAGACUCCCUCAUUGGGUACCUGUGGCGGCAUAUUUUUACGGCUUGUUCUUUAGCACCAUUAGAUAAGUACCUGGCUGUGUUCUUGCAUUAUUUUCCUUGAAUUAGCUAUUCGGCAUUUUGGGCAGCGAGGACACGCCUACCAUUGAGAUAUUUAUUGAAGUUGAAAUAGCGACGGUAUUUAUCGCCCUCCUCUCUUCAAGAACAAAUUGUUAGGUGCCCGAGCCCAAGGGAUAUGAUAAGAAAAGCUAAUUUGAUGCGGUUUCGGUUAGAAAUACGAAUAACGUGAAACAAAAGAAAAACAUUUACAAAUGCCGAAUUAUUGCGAGUGUCGGGUUAUAGUUUUUUCUUUUUCCACUAUAGCUAUAAACAGGCUCAAGAUGCGUUGAGCUGAGUUGAUAGAAGUAUGUGUUAGCCCUUUACUAAACUUUUGGAGUAUUUGUAUAUCGGCAGGUUUGAGGAUAAUGCUGUUGAAGACAGAGCUCUGUUGAACCGUCGUCCGAGUUGGAGUAGGUGCACAACUACUUCCAAAGGAGUACCACCACGACAGCUCAUUUUGAGGGUUGACUCACUGCGAAAUAUUGUAAAGCCAGUGUGUUGCACGGAGUUUCACAAGCUUAGCACAGUCCCCACAUUGGUAACCUAUAGUUGAAGCACACGUGUAUACAGUUUUGUUUCAAUUUUCGUGCGCUUCCUCUUUUAAUAGACGCCAGUAAACAACGAACGCUGUGCGGAGUUUCCCAAAACAGUGUAUAUUGUGUGCAUACAAAGGUUUACCUUUAUAUCAUCGUUCCUUGUUGAGAAUCCGGGUUCAGAAAAUACAAGAUUUAUUUUAAGCGCUUGUUUGAUGCAGGAGAUAUCUGUAUAUACUGCUAGGUACAAUAAUUCCGUGUUUACCUUGCUGCAGCAUGUUUGCCUCUAUUUAAGAUAUCAUUGCUAAUCCGCCCUACUUAGUACUUCUGCCACUUGAUAUGCUUCGUGGCAGAACAGUUCGCUUUCUUGUCGACGAAAACGAGACGCAUGUCGAUGUUGAUCGUGUUCCGGCGCAGAGACCGCGCGGCUUAGUCGAUCUAAUAAUUGCGGUUAUUUGACGACACAUCUACGCACUAACAAAUAUCUGAACUCGUCAUUCUUGUCGCACUGAAAUGAAAUAAAUGCACGUACAAUCGUGCACUUCUA